UUUGAGUAAAUAUGACCACGCAGACUGUAUCUUUGUAGAUAAGGACAGCUGUGAUGAACCGAAAGCAUUGAAAUGAGCCAGUCCUCCACUGGUGCGAAGCCAGUUCGUUUGUGUUCGCUAGCAGAAACAAAUAAAACCAAUAUAAUGGUGUCAUUCACAGUUCAGGGGUUAGUGCCCCCUGUGUUCACAGCCUUCAACGACGACCACUCCGUCAACUACAACAUUAUCCCAUCUUAUGCCAAGUUCUUGGCUGAUGCUGGUAUUAAAGCAGUUUUGGUUGGAGGCACAACGGGAGAACACAUGUCCCUGCCAAUUGAGGACAGGAAGAAGCUGAUCUCCGAGUGGGUGAGGGUCGGGAAAUCUUUGGGCAUCCACAUCAUGGUUCAAGUUGGUGGGACCGCCUUCCCAUACGUCAUUGAGUUGGCGAAAUACUGCGAGAAGGUUGGCGUUGAUUCCCUUCUCACGUUGCCUGAACUGUACUUCAAGCCAGCCAAGGUGGAUGACUUGGUAUUCUACAUAGAACAGAUCGCCAAAGCGGCACCCAAGUUGCCUGUUCUGUAUUACCAUAUUCCCAGCAUGAGCAAGGUGGAAUUGGACAUGCCAGCGUUUGUCGCAGCAGCUUCGGCUCGCGUUCCCAACUUCAAGGGCAUAAAGUUUACCCACAACGACCUCAGUGUUGGCGCUCAAGUUUUGAGGACCCUUAAAGAUGGCCAGGAGGUGUUCCUUGGUGCUGAUACUCUGCUAGCGCCCGCGGCGUUGCUCGGCAUCCGUUCCAGCAUCGGGACCACCUUCAACCUGUUCCCUCGACUGGCCGUUGAGAUUCUCCAGGCUGUGCAGAGUAAAGAUGGAGAGAAGGCGCGGGCGCUGCAGGAGAAGCUGUGCAAGGCGGUGGAGGCUCAUGUUGUUGAAGGUGAAUGGGUGCCAAUCAUGAAAGCGGGAAUGGAGAUUGUCACUGGCUUCAAGAUGGGACCUCCAGCGUACCCCCAAAGACCCAUCUCUGCUGAAGCAAGACAAAGAAUCCAAACCAAACUCAGGGCUUUGGGUCUCGCCAAGUAGAUUUAAGAAAAAACACAUAUAAUAACUAUAAGUAUAUUUUGUAAAAUUUUGAUGGAACAAGCGUCGCUUUUCGAGUAAACAAAUAAACCGACCUAUUUUUACUGUCUA